CUCGUGCAGGUUGCCAUGUUUGUCUGGGUCUGCCUUACAACGGUGCGCUAUGAGGAAUUCGUCUCGGUUAGAAAAACGACUGGAAGCCACUUUGGUUCCGUUUGGCACAGGCAGAUCGAGCGGAAGCCAUGUUUGUUGUUCUUCCUUCUAUCUCCUCGGAGUUCGGAACGUUCAGUGUCUGAACGUUCAAGAGCUCAGUCUGCAUGUCUUUAACAAUAUCACCACUAAAUCUUCUCUACCACCCCCCGAAUGCAGAUUAACAGGUAUGCCAAAGGAAAAAUAUGAUUCCCCAGAUCCUCGCCGAUUAUAUACCAUCAUGUCAGCCGAGGAGGCAGCCAAUGGCAAAAAGUCAAACUGGGCCGAGCUGGAGAUAUCAGGUCGGGUCAGGUGCCUCAGCAGCUCUCUGUGGACCCUCACCCACCUGACGGCUCUGCACAUCAACGACAACAACCUGACGCGCAUUCCGCCUGACAUCGCCAAGCUGCCCAACCUGGUCUACCUGAACCUGUCAUCCAACAAGCUCCGCAGCCUGCCUGCUGAACUCGGAAACAUGGUGUCUCUCAGGGAAUUGCUUUUAAACAACAAUCUUUUACGAGUUCUACCAUAUGAACUUGGGCGGCUGUUCCAGCUACAAACCCUGGGAUUAAAAGGUAACCCUUUAUCCCAAGACAUCCUUAACCUGUACCAAGAAACAGAUGGAACCAGAAAGCUCUUGAACUACAUGCUUGACAAUCUAGCUGUGCACCCAGAACAGCUUCCACAGAGACCCUGGAUCACUUUAAAGGAGCGAGACCCAAUGAUCUCAACAGCCGUCUUCACAGUGAUGUGCUAUAACGUGCUGUGUGAUAAGUACGCCACACGCCAGCUCUACGGUUACUGUCCGUCCUGGGCACUGAACUGGGAGUAUCGGAAGAAAGGCAUCAUGGAGGAAAUCACCCACUGUGACGCGGAUAUCAUCAGUCUACAGGAGGUGGAAACGGAACAGUACUAUGCCCUCUUCCUGGACACCCUGAGGGAGCGUGGCUAUGACGGGUACUUCUGCCCAAAGUCUCGUGCCAAACUGGUUUCUGAACAAGAGAGGAAACACGUGGAUGGGUGUGCCGUGUUCUUCAAAACUGAAAAGUUUACUUUGGUGCAGAAACACACUGUGGAGUUCAACCAGGUUGCCAUGGCAAAUUCUGAGGGUUCAGAGGUCAUGUUGAACAGGGUCAUGACUAAGGACAACAUUGGGGUCGCUGUCUUGCUGGAGGUCAACAAGGACAUGUUCUCUGGUGGCUUGAAGCCGCCACAGGAGAAACAGCUCCUCCUGGUGGCCAAUGCCCACAUGCACUGGGACCCUGAAUUCUGUGAUGUUAAGCUCAUCCAGACCAUGAUGUUCCUGUCAGAGUUGAAAAGCAUUGCAGAGAGAGCUCUCAGCUCUGUGGCAACAGGCUCUCCAACCUCCGACCCAUCCUCCAUCCCUAUAGUGCUCUGUGCUGACCUCAACUCCCUACCCGACUCUGGUGUGGUGGAGUAUCUGAGUAACGGAGGUGUAGCAGAGAAUCAUAAGGACUUCAGAGAGCUGCGCUACAACGAGGCUCUCACCAACUUCAGCUGCCAGGGCAAGAACGGCCCCUCUGACGGCAGCAUCACACACAGCUUUCAGCUAAAGAGCGCCUACGAGGACAGCGUCAUGCCUUACACCAACUACACCUACGACUUUAAGGGCGUAAUUGACUACAUCUUCUACUCCAAGACUCACAUGUCUGUAUCUGGCCUACUGGGCCCUCUGGAGACCCAGUGGCUGACGGACAACAACAUCACUGGCUGUCCCCACCCCCAUAUCCCCUCUGACCACUUCUCUCUGCUCGCCCAAUUGGAGCUCCACCCACCCCUGCCAUCCUCUUCCCUCAACGGCCUGCACCUGCCCGUCCACAGUGGCUGUUUAAAGAAAAAUGGACGACAGGUUCCAGUUCAUCUUGGCCUAAAGACUCUUCAGCGUGAGGAACCGUGUAACAUUAAGUUGUAAAAAGUGGAGUUGUCCUAUAAAACACUCACCAGAAUUUUCUAUCAAAGUAAGUUUUCUAGAGCACACCACCAUUUUCUUACAACAAUAACGUUCCUGGUUUGUAAAGGAUACUAUCUCUCCAACAGCAGCACUGCCUCUGAGACCUAAGACGCUCAGACUGACCGUUUCCCCAUCCAUCCAUUCAUCCCUCCAUCCUUUCUCUCAUCUCCUACUCCAACCCCUGAGGACUGUGAAGUUGAAAGUGCAGGACGUUCAGGGAUAGCCACUGGCACACUGUCACUAUAAACAGACUUUUUCCAAGGGUGGGUGUGUAUGUGGGUGUUUCAUACCACAGCUGUUGUCCUUUGUGAAAACCAGCAUUCAUUUUUGUGAGGAACAAGUCCUCUGUUUGGUUCACGGUUCCACCUGUCAAGUGCUGUCAUCCUCCCAGCGUAGACAGCCUAUGGAAUCCCACGCACUGGCGUCUGUGAGUGAUACGGGGCCCGAAUGAUUAGGAUUUGGCCAUAAUGUCCUGGUUCCUUCAUGCAGGACUGCUUCUUUAAUUGUCAGCCCCACUGACUGGUCAUAGAAAUGGAGUUGCCAGUGCAGAGUAGCGGUUAGCGUGGCCUUUGAACACCUGCGGGUCUGCCCUUCUUCCAGGGUCAUGCUCAACGUAUUGCUCCCCUGCUGCAUGUUUUCUGGCUUUUUCUGAAUGUAGAAAUCAGAAGUGGUGGUUGUUUUGAUUUCAGAAAAUAAUGUUUUGAUUUCUUAAUUCAGGUCAACGUUUGGCAAACUUGGCAUAGACUGAUUUUAAUUGCUUUGCUUUCUGAUUGAGGCAAUUCUUUUUCUUCGUAAUGGCCUCAAGGCUUUUGUGAAUAUCGCUGGGGGUUUUCUAAAACCCAAGCCACCUUAGAUCAUGAAUGUUAUUGUAUUGUUUCGUCUAAAGCCGGGGAUGGAGCCUCCGAAUUCUGAGCACUAGCCCACUUAUUCUGUUUGCCCUGGUCCAGAAAUAUACCAUUUCAAUAGCCAGCGGGCUAGUUGGGGUCAUUCGACUAGCUCUAUUUGAAAAGUACUCUCCUGGAGCUUGCCUAAUUUCAUUCCUGUCGAAAGCCAUGUGAAUGCUAUAUCUAGGCCAUUGCUCAGUUUGGUGAAAAGAAAGCACUUAUCGUGUGUACUUUAAUUGAAUAUGUGUUUGUCUUUGUUUAUCUGGCCCCUAUAAAGCCAACACAUCCAUCCUGCUCGGUAUCUAUGCUUUUGGAUAUCAAAGCUUUACCCAUAAUCAUAGUACAUGCAUAAUGAAAAUGGUCUGGACAGAAGGAUUGUAGUGAAUAUGUUUGUAUUGACCAUAUGAUCAAUGAGCCUGUACUGUUUGGGCCAGGCCAUAGAGUUAGGUAGAGGACUCACCUUGUUAACGAUGCCAUUAUGGCUUGAAUGAGAAGCAGCUCCAUAGGAAACAUUUGGGCAUCAUAUGAGCAAUUUAUGGAACAGUGUGAUUGCUACAUUUUAAACGUAGACAUAGAAUAUAUUCCAUAGAAGAGUUAGCCUCUAGAAGGGUGAUGGAACCAAUGUGACUGUUAAACUCCUGGAUACAUUAUCAAUGCUGCCUGAACUGUGGGAGAACUGCCAGUGUCUCUAUGGUUGGUUGAGGCUUGCUUUUCCAAAUGUCAAAAUACAACCCGCUGGAGAACCGUAGGCCACAGUUUGGAAACUACAUGUCUACAACAGAAAAGAGAAGACCAAUCUAUCUAUAGCAACUCAAAAUGAGUGAAAAGCAGCAGAAAUGUUUUUCUAAGGAGCUCAUCUGGGUGUGAAGGAGCAUAUCAGCCAGUAGUCUAGGCUUUGUCUUCAACAUACUCUGAAAGGUCUAACUAGCUGCCAACAUAGCAAAUUAAACGUAUCUACUGUAUGUAGUCCAAUCUGUGUGCCUUCUCAUUGGCCUGGGUUGUGUUUUGCAUUUGAGACCAGGUUGUUUGUACUGAGUUUGUCUUCGUUAGAAUGUUUUUGUGGUGUAAUAAAAUAUUGUGUUUAUGUGACUUUGACAUGCAUGGAGGGGGCCUGUUUUUUUGUAUUUUAUUUAUGCUCCCAUACUGAAUAGAUUUUAACGCACAAGAGACAGUCAGUGUUUUGAUCCAAGUGGGAUCUUAGUCAGGUUUAAAAUAAUCAGGACAUAUUGUCAUUUUCUGUGAGUGGUAGAGAUCUGGCCUGUUAAGGGACCCUGCAGCCGUGUCAGCUGACAUAUAUGAGCGUCUGAGCUGUACGUUAUAACAUUCACAUGGGCUUUGGCACACAGGUUGAAACACUGUGGAGACUCAGCCUAGAACAUCCAUGUAGGUCGCACAUUGGAGCUGCAUUUGUAAAUCCCAGGGGAAUCCCUCUCGUCCACUCCCCCCUCCAACCUACGUUUGUGCGUCCAUGCAUACCUCCAUCGUUUGCAUGAGUAUCCCAAAGCUGAGGGAGCAAAAAUGAGCAAUGCACCUUGUCAUCAAUGUGGGCUCCAAUAGCAAGUAGCUAGGGAAGUGGAAUCUCAUAAUACACUGCGUUAUUAUUUCACACAAUAUAAUGGAUUGGUGUCUGAUGACCUGACAGAUAUUUGGAGACCAAUAACUGCAUUAUUCAUGUCAGGUUGUGUCCCAAAGUUGUAUGUAUUCAACCCUAGUUUUGUCAGCAACACGUGUCCACGGAGGGCACUCAAAGCGUGUAAGGGGAUAGGCAUCGGUUUGAGAGUCACGGUUUAUCUCUUCACUGCCUCUGUAACUAAAGCCACACUCAGACACCACUGGGCUGAUUUUCACUAAAUGUGGAGAGAUGCUGCAUGAAAAAUUACACUGAUUGGCAAAGGGGGCACACUAUGGUUAUCAACUGAAAUUGAUUAUCUCCGUUUUGUCAUUAUCCCCAUGUGAUAUCUCAUUUAGCACCAUGUGAUAUCUCAUUAGCCCCAUGUGACAUCUCAUUAGCCCCAUGUGAUAUCUCAGCCCCAUGUGAUAUCUCAUUAGCCCCGUGUGACAUCUCAUUAGCCCCAUGUGAUAUUUCAUUAGCCCCAUGUGACAUCCCAACUGAGCAAAAGAAGACACUGCAUCACUGCAUAUUUAAUGCUACAUAGACCUUUGUGGCCACUAGGUGGGAGUGAAAUUGAGCCAUAAACAACCCAAUUUAAAGAAGACAAUGCUCUGAAUUGACUGAUCACUCCCAGCCCAUAGCAAUCACCACCUAGUUUACUAAAGUAGUUUAACUGCAAGAUAUAACAUGUUAUAUCAGUAUAUUGAGUCCUCUAUCUAGCUCUGCAGGCAAGACAAAUGGCAUGUACUAGAAGUGAAAUCUGUGACCCAAUCAGAGGUGGAGGUGCAGCUGACUUUGUUUUGAAUUGAGAAAACUGUUUAGUUUCAUAUAAUGUUGUGGAAAUGACAUUCACAUCUAAUGAAUACCAUACCAUGUACAUUAGCAAUUAGUCUUUUUUUUGCCCACCACUCCUCUUUAGGCAAUAAAACUGUCCUUUUUAAAAAGUACAUAUUGGAUAUGUUGUCUUUAUUUUUCUGGCUUCUUCAAGUACAGUAAAUGAUGAUGACAUUCAGUAUACACCAACAUGAAUGAUAGGAAAUUGAUGGAUUAAUGUUGUUGUUUUUUACAAAGAUUAUGCUUAUUUUGUGCACAUUAAAAUGUAUUUCAGGA